UAUGAUACGACAUUCUACAGAAUAAAUAUAGCAUUCUAGCUUGCACUAUUGCAGCUAAUCGAUUGGCAUUAAAAUGCCUCCGUAGCUUUCCUUCUCCUUUAAACAGGAAGUUCCAUUUGACAAGACAGAGGCUGCUAGUAAAGGACAACUUGUAGGUGCAAAAGUCAGAUUCUGACUAGGAUAUAGCCACUGUUAAGAGAAAUCUGAUAUGAACUGUAUGCCAAAGUUAGAGCUGUUUGGAUAGCUCAUUAGGCAGUGGUAAUUAUAUUAUAUUAAGCAGAGGUAUUUAUGGCAUGAGAUGGUUGCAAUGUUAGAUUAAAUAUUACAAAUCUAGAUUUUGCAGUUCACAGGAUAUGCAUGUCUGUGGUUAUGCAAGAGGGGUAGAUGGAGCUAGUACAGUAGUAGUAGUAGUAGUAGUAGUAGUAGAAGUGAGAAGAUUGCAAUCAGAGAGGGGAAACGUGAAGUUACUGAAGGAAUUUACUACUGAGUGAGUGGGGAAAUCCAAGCACAGAGAUAAGACCACUACAGAGCAAUUUUCUAAGUUUCCUCAGAACUAGUAAAAUAAUGGUAAUGAUAAGGUACAACAGUUAUAGCCUAAUCUUUCUGGAGUUGUCAUUCUCCUCCUGUGGUUGAGCACGGGAGUUGUGGGGCUGCCCUCCCUUAACUGCCCCAUUCAUAUCUCUUUUGUGUCAGAGUGAUCUAGAAAUAGAAAUAUUUCAAUAUUCCAGUAUUUUCUUCCUUGCUUGCUCUUCCAAAGCUAAUGUAUCUGUCAGUACAUCCACUGCGGGAGAAUUCCAGAACUUUACAGCUCUCACAGUAAAAAUCCCUUUUUGCACCUUAAGAUGGAACCUCCUAUCUUCUAAUCGGAAUAGGUGCUCUUGUCUGCUGGAAUGGCCUACUGUGGCGUUUAUUAUAUGGUCGUUUAAUAUAGUUAUUUGAUGCCCCCUUAAGCACCUUUUCUCCAGCGUAUCCCAACUUGGCCAGUCUUUCCCCAUAGCUGAGACCUUUCAAUCCCUUUAUCAGCUUAAUUUACUCUGCCUAAGACUUUAAUUCAAUAAUAUCCUUUAUGAGCACUUGAGAUCAAAAUGGCAGUGCAUUUUCUAGACAGGGUCUUGUCAGUGCUCAUAGAGAGAAUUACCCUCUCCUAUAAAUCCAUACCUUUUUUGAUACAAGAUAGUAGUGCACUCUUGUUGCUGACUGCUAUUGCUUGCUACACAUUUUUUAUCCACAAGAACCCUAAAGGAGACUUACCAUCCUCGUGCACAAUUAGUGCCAUUUAUGAUGGUGGCAUGGUGCAGAACAAAAAAACAGAGAAAAAUAUUCUCUAGUUGCACCCUGAAACACAACUCUCAGAAAGGAACCUGACCCUCACUGUGUAUGCAACAGCAUUACUGAUACAGGAGAAGCAAGAAGAAGGCAACAUGAGGGUGUAUGCUGCUUGAGGCCUCUACAAGCUUCUUGUUCACCAUUAAUUGGUGGCCCCCCAGUUAUGUGGCAGUGACAGGCAAUUUCUACAGAAAAUAGUGUUGCUGCAGAUAUAUUUUGUUAGGGAGGGGUGUAGAGAUAUACAGUAUAUAUAUAUAGUGAUACUGAAAUGGUGAAGAUAAUGAGGUUUUCCACAUUACUACUAAAACAAUAUACACUGCAUCAGCUCAGAGGCACUACAGGAAAAAAUAAGGCAAUUUUAUUGUUUGCACAUUGUUUGGAUGAUGGUAUCUUAAAAUCUCUCCUGGCAGUUAAAUCUGUUAAGAGCCAUCUAAUGACUCUAUGGUCUUAACUAGUAAGGAAGUUCUAAAUGACAUGCAACAUGAGGAAUGUAUAAAUAUGCAUCACUGAACAUAAUGGACAACAUGGAACACAUCCUAUCCUCUAACCAAUCACAAUGCAGGCCUUUCUGUAUAAAUUGGCUGAAUUUUGUUUCCUUUCAUAUCAUCUUGUCAGUGGUUCAGGCAAACCCAGACUGCUGUAUUGCCCCUGUUUAUAACAAAUAUGAGGGUCUCACCUAUCUGUUUUGUGCUGCUGGCUAUGCUAAUAGUGGCUGCAGAAGUAAGGAGUGACAACCAGUUUGUGAAGCUCUGUGGGAGAGAAUUCAUUCGCGCAGUCAUAUACACAUGUGGAGGCUCUAGAUGGAGAAGACUUUUGCCUGAAUUACCCCAAGACACAGCUGACAGUGACAAUUACUUGUCUUUGUAUAAUGGCGGGAUAGAACGAACAGAACCUUUGGAGUACCAUCUACAACAAGCCAGCUCCCAAGAAGAUGAGUUUUUUCAGAAGACAGAAUCAUUGGAAGCACUGUGGGAUACACAGAAAAAGUAUUUUCAAGAGAAACGGGACUUGAAUGAACUGUUAACAACAGCCUGCUGUAAAAAUGGCUGCAAGAAAAAAGACUUAAGCUCUUUAUGCUAA